GAGAACUGAGAGGAAUGACAACCGGUUAUGAGUGACCUAAACAGUCGGCUGGGAAUGAGAAGAGCUCAAGAUUCCCACCACCACCAAGGAACAACUCCUCCUGCCUCUGGAUCUUCUGAUGGGCCCCACAAGGUGACAGUACUUACUACAAUGCUAUCAGGCAGGUGGUGGCCAAGUACCUGGGGGAGCCUAGGGCUGAGGCCCCAAAGUCCUUCUCAGGGAUCCCAGCUCUGUGCCCUCUAUGCCUUUACCUACACUGGGGCAGAUGGCCGGCAGGUAUGUCUGGCUGAAGGGGACAGAUUCCUACUGCUUCGAAAGACCAACUCAGACUGGUGGUUGGCAAGGCGCCUUGGUGCACCUUCUACCUCCCGACCCAUCUUUGUCCCAGCUGCCUACAUGAUUGAGGAAUGUAUCCCUUCCCAAAGCCCAACUACCAUCACCUGCAGCCAAUCCCUCUGGAGUCCUGGGCCAAAGUCGUUUCAGGGCUCUCCAGAGGAGCUGCACCUGUCUCAGGCAUCCCCAAACAGACCCCAGGCUACAUCCAAGCAGCCUCCCCCUCUGCCACCCAAAAUGUGUAGAAGUGUCAGUGUUGCCAAUUUGAGGCCCAGCCUCCUGAAGCCCCUUCAGGAAGGACCAAGUGGAAGAUCCGUCUCCCAGGAAGACUUGCUGACAGAGGCCAAUGCCAACAUGGCAGGACCCCAGCCCCUCAUGUCAGAGUCUCCUGUGUACUGUAACCUGGUGGACCUUCGCCGCUGUCCCCGGUCCCCGCCCCCAGGCCCUGCAUGCCCUCCACUGCAGAGGCUGGAUGCCUGGGAGCAGCACCUGGACCUCAGCUCCGGACGCUGCUUCUACGUACAUUCGCUGACGGGCUGCAAGUCCUGGAAGCCACCGCGCCGCAGUCGCACCCUAGAGACGAACUCUGGCUCCAUGGAGGGGACACAGACCUUGAGUAGGGACAACGGUGUCCUGCAACCUCAAACAAAGGGCUCAGGAUCUGACACAGGGACCCCAGAACUGCUCAAUCCACAGGGCUCCCCCUGCCUCAGCCAGCACACUUCCCACCUUGCCGCCUCAGACCAGCCUCCAGACUCGCAGCCCCCUCGACCUCUGCCGCAGCUCCUGGACGACCCCCAUGAGGUGGAAAAGUCGGGCCUGCUCAACAUGACCAAAAUUGCCCAGGGGGGGCGCAAGAUCAGGAAGAACUGGGGCCCAUCUUGGGUCGUGUUAGCAGGUAACAGCCUGGUGUUCUACCGAGAGCCACCGCAGGCUGUGCCCUCCUCCGGCUGGGGGCCACUGGGUAGCCGGCCGGAAAGUAGCGUGGACCUGCGCGGGGCGGCCCUGGCGCACGGCCGCCACCUGUCCAGCCGCCGCAACGUCCUGCACAUCCGCACGGUCCCUGGCCACGAGUUCCUGCUGCAAUCGGACCACGAGACCGAGCUGCGAGCCUGGCACCGAGCUCUGCGGGCGGUCAUCGAGCGGCUGGAGCGGGAGAACCCCCUGGAGCUGCGUCUGUCGGGCUCAGGACCAGCGGAGCUGAGGGAGCUAAGCGCCGGGGAGGACGAAGAAGAGGAGUCGGAGCCGGUGCCCAAGCCGCUGCUGCGCUUUAGCGGCCGCCGGAGCUCCAGUCGGUGUCCGGAAGGCACUGAGCAGAACCGCGUGCGGAACAAACUAAAGCGGCUGAUCGCCAAGAGACCGCCCUUGCAAAGCCUGCAGGAGCGGGGUCUGCUCCGAGACCAGGUGUUCGGCUGCCAGUUGGAAUCACUGUGCCAGCGGGAAGAUGACACAGUGCCCAGCUUUGUGAGGCUCUGCAUUGCUGCUGUGGAUAAAAGAGGUCUAGAUGUGGAUGGUAUUUACCGAGUGAGUGGGAACUUGGCAGUGGUCCAGAAACUUCGCUUUCUGGUAGACAGAGAGCGUGCAGUGACCUCCGAUGGGAGGUAUGUGUUCCCAGAACAGCCAGGACAAGAAGGCCGAUUAGAUUUGGACAGUGCUGAAUGGGAUGAUAUUCAUGUGGUCACUGGAGCCCUGAAGCUUUUUCUCCGGGAGCUGCCCCAGCCUCUGGUGCCCCCACUGCUGCUGCCCCAUUUUCGUGCUGCCCUUGGGUGAUAGCACACUCAGAUAAGAACCGCAUGACCCCCCACAACCUGGGAAUUGUUUUUGGACCAACCCUGUUUCGGCCAGAACAGGAGACAUCUGACCCGGCAGCUCAUUCCCUCUACCCUGGGCAGCUAGUCCAGUUGAUGCUCACCAACUUCACCAGCCUCUUCCACUGACGUGGGCAAAGAAGAAGAGAAAACGUAUUUCCAGUGAUCUCUGUUGUGUACCCUCUGGUGAUGGGGUUGGUGGUGUUGUUUUGAGGACAUCCCUUUAAAUCCUGUGUCCCCCAAAUGACUUGUCUCCAUCUUUGUGAGUCUGACCUGAGGGGUUGGGAUGAGGUAAGAGAACUCUAAAGAGGAAAGUUAGUGCAUUAACCCCUGCUUCUCUUCUUGUUUCCUGUUAUCACCCCUCCCCAAGUUAAUAACACCUCAAAUAUUCUUUCUGAU